CCAUGUGACGUUGAUUCGCGCCCUCGACUAUUGAAUUGACUGCACGAGCGACCUUCCUCCUACAGUUUCUCCUCCCGGUAAAAGAAUAAGUGUGGUCAGAUUCGUUUGAGUGGCCUUCGUGGCAUGCGACAGUAAAAGAGGCGCGGGACAGAGAGAGCGACGGAGAGAGAGAGAGAGAGAAAGAACUUUAGAACUGUCGAAGGGGGAGUUGCACAACACGGAUUAAUGUAACUCUGUUUACACCUUCCUUAUUCCAAAACGUCAGCGUGAAGAGAAAAUACUCAGCAAAAUCAGUUAUCAAAAUUCUCAACUUCAUUGAGCGGAGAACAUCAGCCAUAUGCCUGGGGUGAAGGGGCCUGGUACUGUAUGCCAAGUCCACCAUGGAGGCACAGAACAGCCAUCACCAGCACAACCUAGACAACCAGAACAAGAACCUCUACAAGAUGCCUGGUCAAGAUCAGAGCCACCAGUACUGCUGCACGCUUGCCAACUUCCGCAUUGAGAAGAAGAUUGGCCGGGGCCAGUUCAGCGAGGUCUACAAAGCCACCUACCUUCUGGAGGGCCAGCAUGUGGCUCUGAAGAAAGUCCAGAUAUUUGAAAUGAUGGACGCCAAGGCUCGCCAGGACUGCAUCAAGGAGAUUGACCUGCUGAAGCAUUUGAACCACCCCAACGUGAUCAAGUACCUGGACUCCUUCAUCGAGGACAACGAGCUCAACAUCUUGCUGGAGCUGGCGGAUGCCGGCGACCUCUCUCAGAUGAUCAAGCACUUUAAGAAGAAGAGACGGCUCAUCCCAGAGAGGACAAUAUGGAAAUAUUUUGUCCAGCUGUGCAGUGCCCUGGAGCACAUGCACUCCCGUAGAGUCAUGCACCGCGACAUCAAGCCAGCCAACGUGUUCAUCACUGCUACAGGAGAGGUGAAGCUGGGAGACCUGGGACUGGGACGCUUCUUCAGCUCCAAGACUACCGCCGCACACUCCCUAGUGGGGACACCGUACUACAUGUCUCCAGAGAGGAUCCACGAGGGUGGCUACAACUUCAAGUCAGACAUCUGGUCCCUGGGAUGCCUUCUCUAUGAGAUGGCUGCGUUGCAGAGUCCAUUCUAUGGGGACAAGAUGAACCUCCUCUCUCUGUGCCAAAAGAUUGAGCAGUGUGACUACCCUCCACUACCACCUGACCACUACUCUGAGAAGUUGCGAGACUUGGUCAGCAUGUGCAUCAAGCCCGACCCGGGCCAGCGCCCUGACAUCGUGUUUGUUCUGCAGAUCGCCAAACAGAUGCAGCUGUGGACCUCCAGCACCUGAGCCCCCCCCCCCCCCCUCCACUUACCUCCUCAGUCCUCCGUGUGGACCCCCAUCCUGACUGAACCACAGACCACCAGACCCACUGCCAACCUACCUGGCUUGGUCUCACUAGGACCAGGUUGUUUAGCUCGCGUCUCAGAAAUCGAGGAACUGAUGAAACGAUCGAGAGACUUUGGCAUGACUGGACUGACUUUUUCUUUAUUUUCAAAUGAGGACUUAGACUUUAUGCCGCGUUCACGUCGCGUCGGAAACUCGGGACCUCCGAGUUAAUUGUAUAGAACUUCCUAUAGGUUGAUUCUGAUACCUCCCAAGUGGGGAAAUUUGGGAUCCGACUCUUCCGCCUAGGUUAACGAGUUGCAAAUUUCCAACAUUAUGUGAACGCGGUUUAAGUCCAGUUUUUUUUGUCCUCAAUGACCUGGGGAGUCGCUUCCACGGUGGUCAUGGUGAUUUCUGUUUUUAGACUGUGUUGCGGUGAUUCCGACAGAAGGUGACAGCGUCUUGUCUGGCCUCUUCGCUAACAGGAGAGCUCUGUCUCACAAUGAUGUCAGAGGGUUCUCUUAUCAGCUAGGCAGGGGUUGCAUUCCAAAUAGAUCCUGUCUUUUUCAGGUAAACCGUAUGAAUUGAAGGCCUAAAUAGAAAUCUCUUUCAGUGCUGUUUAUUUUUCUGCCUUACACACAUUUAACAUUGUUUAGAAAUAAUUAUUUUUUUAAUGUUGCUUUAAAUACCUCUGAUCUGUAUUUUGCAUUCUUGUGUAGUGUCGUUUGUGAUCCUAAGGCAUUCAGUUAAGUGGACUUUGUUCCAUAAUUAACCAUAAGAUACAUGCAAAAUAUUUGAGUCAGCAUUAGGUCCUCCCAGGUCACACCUUGUGAGGCGCUUGCUACAACCACCAAGCAACACUGGUUUGAAAUGGACUUCAGGACUUGAUAACAUCUCCCUUUUCAAGGACCUCAAAUGGCAUAAUGUAGAACAUUGUCAAGGCUUAUGGACUGAGCUUUGUAAAACUUUAGACUAGGUUUUUCAACAACAAAAAGUUAUUUGCAGGAAACUGCCUGGGUGAAGGGUGUUAUGCUGUUGCUUGACACCCAAGCCAUAUUGUAAUUGCGUGUAUAGAUCAUAACUGCAGUUGACUGUCCACUGAUGACUUCGUUCAGAGAAGGGUUUUAAUUUUAGAUGUACUGUGAAAUGAUUUACAUUAUGUAGAAACAGCGAGAAGAACAGUUACAAUUGUGCUGUAGAAACAUUUAGAAAAUGUUUUUGCCUUGACAGCACUAAGCGGCAGAUAGACGCUAGAUUAAGAGGGUGAUUGAGUCAAAGUUUACUAGUUUAGAAGACUGCAAAAACCUCAGUACUAAUAUUUUAGCAAUUCUAUUAUAUGUGCUUGUAAAAUAUCUAGAGCGUUCAACGCCUAUUCUUUGUAAUGAUUUUUCACUCAAAAGUAUUGUGUGUAGGCUAUGGUUUUAUUUUGUAAUUGUACUUUCCUGUGGGGAUUUGACAUGAUUUUGUGGAAUCACGUUCAAGUGUUUCCCUUUUUGCAUUUUGUAGUAGUUAAAAGGUUUAUAAAAUUAAUUCUUAUACUCUUA